CCGAGAUAUCGCAAACACUUAUUUUUGACAACAACAACACUAACAACAUUUGAAAAUGCAUCUUGACCACAAGAUUCCAUGGCAUUUGAUCGCUCCCCAUUUCUCACUUACGCCAUCUGAUCAAAGGGGAAACUACAACCUGGCUGCGUUAGAUAUCCCCGAGCAGAAAGCGGUGAUCGGCCACUUCAACCGCGUCUUCUUGGCAACUAUCCGGGAAUUCUCAGAUACUGAGUCCACGAAGACAGACUUAACACCAAUCAGUGGAAAGCUCUUUUCCGACGAUGUCCUCUACUUCGCUGAGCGCCACUUCGGUCUCAGUCCCCAUGAGGAUAACUCGGCACUGCACAACCCGCUGAACUCAUCGCAUCAGGAUCUUGGAUACUGGAAACGCCGAGCAAAGGCUCUAGAUAGUGAUGUUGAGCCAUGCUACAGCACCGCUGAUGCCAACCUGGCUGACGCGGCAAAGAUGCUGGUCAUUGUAGCUGCUACCGCCGAUGACAAAACCACUCGUCGGGAGGCUUUAUCCGCGCUUGUCCGUCUGUCCAACGAGGUUCCAAUAUCAGACCUGCGAGGUCUUCAUUGGGGUCACGCCUUCGGACUCGACCUUGUUGCUAGCGUGGCGUUGCAAAUGUACAUCUUCCUAAACCUCAUUGAAGCUGUCGAAUCUCGGGCAGCAGAACGGGUACCGUUACUAUCUGUUGAACAGCUGCUGUCAUUUCUGAGCAACCACGCCCUUGAGAACUAUGACUUCCCUGCACAGAAUAUUCCGCAUCGAGCUUUUUGGCAUUCUCUUGGGGUUACUGAGUCAUGGGUUGCCGGUCGGCGUAAGGGUACUCUUGAAGGGGACAAGGCGGUAAUUGAUCCGUUGGCAGGCUUGGCCUACAGCGCGGAAUGGGAAAUGAGUCAACACUCAGAGAUACUUGGUACAAGUCAACUGUCAAUGAACGAAUUAACGCUACAGGACCGGCUGGAUUCUAAAGCCGAGGGAGAGAUCCCUGCGUCCAACAGGAAAUUGUGCGGCGAAUGCCUUGCAAUAUCUUGGAAUCUUGAUGAGUACAAGGGCAUUCCGGGCCAAAAUGGGUUUGAAAAUUGGACGCUCAACCAUCAUGAGACUUUGGGUGAACUGGAGAACUCAUGUAUGAAGGGUAGGGAUAUCCUACAUUGGAACAUUGAACAUAAUCGUGGCGAAUGGUCGCUUUCUUUUGAGGUGGAAGAUGACGAACACAUGUGGUUCAUGGAAGGGAUGGUGAGAUUCAGCCACGUGGGGUCUGUUGCUCAGUCUACAGCAAGGCUGGUAGAAACCAAAGAUCUUUCAGAGGAAAAGAAAAAACGGCCAUAUGUCAUCUUGAGCUACUGCUGGGGGUCAGGGAACGAUCCUGCACGAACAAGUCGGAACCUGAGAGAAAGACAUAAUAAGAUAGAGUGCGACACUCUUUCAAAGACAAUUCAAGACGGGAUCCGAAUUACCCGCUUGAUGAAGAUCCAGUAUCUUUGGGUCGAUGCCGUAUGUAUUAUACAGUCUGAUAAAACUCUGAAUGCGCAACAAGAAGACGAUGUGGCCAUGGCCGAUUGGGAGAGGGAGUCAAUGCGCAUGGCAUCUUAUUAUUCCAACUCUCUGUGCCGUAUCGCAGCGUCGAACGCAAAAGACAGCUCAGAAGGAAUACUAAUUGAACGACGAGCAGCGCGAUACGACUUCAAGAAGUGGUAUAACCCAGCGAACAAAUUCUUACCGUCGCCCUUCGCCUUCAGACAAAGGUUUCCCAGCUCACUGUUCGAACGAGGUUGGUGGCUUCAAGAAUGGAUCCUUUCACCUCGUAUUCUUCACUGGACAGCCAAUGAAUCCUUUGGCGAAACACGUUUCGGAGGAGAGAAUCGCAAGACAAAUGACUGCGUGCUGGAACUUGGGUUGUCGGAGGAUGAGACACAGUACAUGUGUCAGAUUCUACGCUCCGAAAAAGAGGAGGCAUUAGGUGAAGGCUGGCCUGCAUUAGUAGAACACUUCGCUCAGAGGCAUCUGAAUUGCAAGCGAGUUGUCAAAGCUUCACGGGGUCGACUACUUCGCAGGUAUUUUUGA